AUGGAUCUCCUUAGCCAGUUCUUUUCAGUUGAGGAUAGAGAGGCCAUAGAGCAGAUCAGACUGAGCAUUAAUCCCAGUGAGGAUGUAUUAUGUUGGGGAGGAGCUAGAAACGGCAUUUUCACUAUCAAAUCUGCCUAUCACCUAUUGUGCAAUCAGCAUGAUCAGCAGUUCUCGACCCGUGCUACUUCAUCGCAUAGGCAUGCUUGGGAAGACAUCCCAUCCGAGGUGUGGAAAAGGAUCUGGAAUAUCAAAACUCUUCCUAAAGUUAAAAAUUUCCUGUGGAGAUGUUGUGCUAAUGGUGUAGCCUCAAGUGAAAAUCUUAUGAAACGCCACAUCCCCAUUGAUCCCUCUUGCAGCAGAUGUGGGCACGAUCCUAAAUCUAUCGAUCACCUCCUAUUUCUCUGUCCUAUAGCUCGAGCGGCUUGGUUUGGAAGCAAUCUUACCGUUGGUAUUCCUGUUGAUGGACCCUUCACACUAGCUCAGCUCUUGCUCCACUGGCCAUGUCUAAAUUUUCACGACAAGAGAUGCAACGAGGAUGUGUUGUGCCUUUUAUCUUUCAUGUGUUGGAACAUCUGGCUGGCCAGAAAUGAUUUGGUGUUUGGCAUCAAAGAUUGGACCCCGGAGGAUAUUAUAUCUCAAGCCCAAGCAUCUUCCACUAAAUUCCUUUCAAUUUCAAGGGGUAACACCCUCUCUGUGAGGAAUACUCAUGAGGCCUACUCUAUUGGCAGGCAAUCGUCUCCUCCAGAUUCAGGCAUUAUCAAGAUAAAUUGUGACGCUGCAUUCUCUCUGAAGGCUCCUGCCAGUGGUAUCGGUGUGGUGCUAAGAGAUCACCUGGGUAAUCAUAUACAAGCAGCAUCUAAUCCCAUUUCGUUCCAUGAGGUUCUGCUUGGUGAAGCCCUUGCUGUGCUCUUUGGUCUACAGUUGGCAACCUAUGGAGGUUUUAACAAUGUUCACAUUGAGUCGGAUAAUGAGGACCUGGUCUCGUUUAUUAGAGAACCAUCUAGACCACACCCCCUCUCCCUCCGGAGUACUUUGCAAGAUAUUGGGGUGCUUAUCCCAAGCUUUAGCGUGUGUAAUUUCUCCUUUAUCUCCAGAGAUGCAAACUUAGUUGCGCAUUCUUUAGCUCGGAAGGCAUUGCCUGUGGCAAGCCAGACUUUUUGGCCUGUUUCCUCUCCCUGGCUUCUUGAUCUCUGUUGUAAAGAUGCCAGGUGCUUCGCUUGUCCCCCUUUGCAAUAA